AUGUCAGAACGAUAUGGUUUUUCGUUAACAACAUUUAGUCCAUCGGGCAAACUUGUCCAAAUCGAAUAUGCUCUUAAUGCUGUAAAUGCAGGUUCACCAGCAGUAGGUAUCAAAGCAUUGAAUGGAGUUGUAUUGGCGACGGAAAAAAAGAGUAAAUCAUUAUUACAUGAUGAUCGUACAAUUCACAAGGUUGAACCAAUUUGCAAAAAUAUCGGUCUUGUAUACAGUGGUAUGGGACCUGAUUACAGAUUCCCCCUACAAAAAACCCGUAAAUUAGCUCAAGAAUACAUGCUUAUUUAUGAACAAAAUGUGCCACCAACACAAUUAGUUAAACGAGUAGCUGAUGUUAUGCAAGAAUAUACUCAAUCUGGUGGUGUACGUCCAUUUGGUGUGUCACUACUUAUUUGUGGUUACGAUUAUGAUGAAGAUCGACCAUUUCUCUAUCAAUGUGAUCCAUCAGGUUCAUUUUUUCCAUGGAAAGCAACAGCAAUCGGACGUAAUUAUGUCAAUGGAAAGACAUUUCUCGAAAAACGAUAUUCGGAUCAAUUAGCACUUGAAGAUGCCGUACAUACUGCUAUAUUGACACUUAAAGAAUCAUUCGAAGGACAAAUGACAGAAGACAAUAUUGAAAUCGGUAUUUGUGAUAAAGAAGGUUUUCGUCGUUUGACACCUGCUGAAGUCAAAGAUUAUUUAGCACAAAUUGGUUAG